AGAAUAAUAUGAAGAUUCAUGGAGAAGCAUAUUUAUAUCGAAAGUACUUGCCACUCAAAGAUUGACAGAAGGUUGCUAGCACAUCUUUGUCUGAUAAACUUUGCCGUUAUGGAUAGAAUUGAUAGAAUGGCGUGUCUGUGUUUUGGGACGUAAAUUUUACCGGGAGAAGUAGGAGUAGUUUGUCAACAGUGGUGUGGGUGCGUUACGCGAAAGUGUCAUGGCGUGGGUUAUUACGUUUACACAUAAUUUGCUGACUGUACGGGUUUCGAAUGCCGUACAUAUUUCGGUUGUAUCAACCUUAUGGCUAAAGUAAAUUUCUUUUAAAUUUUGUAUGUGAAAAUGAUUCUCGUUUUAAAAUUUUAACCAGAAAUUGAAGGCACCUAUCUCCAAUUCUGUAUGUGUGUGUUCGUGAAGUUCUUAACCAGACGAUUUUAAAUGCUUCCUGUCUAUCGUUUGUAGUAUAGUGCAUCAAAGUUCAAAAGAAAGUGGAGAUUAACGAUGAAAAGUAGUGGACUGCAAAGGUAAAAUUCCUCAGUUGUUUGGUACUCGGGAACCAUAAUGUGUGAUGAAUUCUCGAGAAAGGCCCUGAAAGUUGCAGUGGCAUUGAUAUGUCAGACCAUUGGAUGGAAUUCGAUUAUGAGCACACCUCUGGAAAUUAUGAUUGAUCUUCUUCAGAGAUAUCUCGUGGAACUUGGUCGAGUCACUCACCGGUAUGCAGAGCUCUUUGGACACACACAACCUAAUCUCGAUGACCUAGGUCUUGCGUUUCGAGAAAUGGGAAUAAAUUUGCAGGAUAUGGAGGAUUAUAUUAAAAACGUGGAAUCUGUACCAUGUCAUGGUGAAAUUCCAAAGUUUCCUGUUCCUCGAGACUCUCAUCUGAAUUUUUUGAAACCAGGGAGCAGGGAAGUUGUUACACGACCAGUUCAUGUGCAUGAGCACUUACCUCCUAUGUAUCCUGAAAUGGAAGAAGAUGAAUAUUUAUUGAAGCAGUCCCCACUUUCGGUUGACACUUCAAACAAUUUGGGAUCUACAUCACCACUCUCUAGCCCAAAGUCAAAUGUAUUCAAAAGACCAGGGGAUCCUGUUUCCUUGGAGAACCCUGUUUUGAAGAGGACGAGAAUGUUGAUGGAAGAAGAAGGUCGUCCUCUUCGAGAAAUCAGUAGUGUUAUGAUGACAACAUCUGGAUUUCUAUCACCUGCACGGGAAGGAAAGCUUCCUGAAUCACGAACGCCAUUGCAACCUUCUGAUUCUCGUUCCAAUUCUCCUCAGCCUUCAUCGUACCCCAUGGUACCCCCAGAAGUGAAAGGUGAGAAGAAAUCUAAAAAAGCUACACAGAAGAAAGCAGUUGACACUGUUAAAAAAACAGACAAGGAAAAUAAAAAGGAACACAGAGUGAAAGAACUUGUUAAAUCUGGCAAAGGACACGCCAGUGACGAAACAAAAGUUAAAAAAUUAGUCAGUAUGAAGGAACUUUCUAAACUGAAAGCCUUGAAACCAGGAGCUGUAAAAAUGUCACAGAAUUUGCAGUUAGCAGGUCCAAGUUCAUCUAACAAACCAGGCAAACUUCCAGUAUCAAAAUUAUCUGCAAUUAAAACUGCUGUUCCAGACACUCAGAAAAUCAUGAGACAUGUGUCACCUGUGGCAAAAUUGUCUAAACCAGAAAAAGUGCAUACUGCUACACUUCCACAACUUAAAUUAAAUUCACCAGAAAAAAGUAGGGAACCAACUAUAAUAGAAGGAAAAUUGUCAACAGAACCCGAUAAACAGAAACUCAACAUUUUCAAAAAAAUAUCAAAAGUCAAGGAAGAGAAGGUUGACAGAAUAGAAAAAAUUGAUAGGACUGAAUCUGCAGAUUCAGUUAUGAGAGAUUCACGUGAAAGUUCUCCAAGAUUGAUAAUAGAUGAAUCAGAAAUGAACAGCCGGCAAAGAGAAGCACGAAUGGCCCAGAUAGAUGACUGUAUUGAUGCAGUCAUUCAGCAGGGUAUGGAGAUUGUUAAUGAGGACAAUAAUAGUUCUCACAGUAAAUUAUCAACACCAGGGAAUGAUGUGGCAAGGGGAAACAGUUUGGCAUCUGUAACAAGUCAUCAGCCAGGUUCGGAUGAACUAUAUAUGUAUGACGAUGAUCUUUCACCACCUGGAACUCCAUCGUCUACCCCAAAGACUCCUGAGCUUCCGACACCAUCCCGUAAAGCUGAAAAAAUGCCAGAAGUUAAAGAAAAGAAAAAGAAAAAAGAAAAAUCAAAAACAAAGAAAGAGUCAAAAACAAAAUCUCAGAAAGAGUUGCACAGUCCUAAGAAGCCAAAGAUAGAAUUGAUGGACUUAGACAGUUCAGAGAAACCGAAAACUCCCGAAGCGGAAGAACCAUGUGAAAUAGUUCAGCCACCAGUUUUUCCUUUCUUUUCACAUUUUCCUCCAACACCAGGCCUUAUUCCUCCUCCUCUAGGACAUCCACUUUUCCCAAGGUUUCCUCUCCCCCUUGGAAAAAACUUACCUCAUCCUGCAAUGCCCAAUCUGCCCCUUCCACCACCACUUCUUAUGCAGCCUCCUGCUGAAGAGCCAGAAGAGGAAUCACCGAAGACUCCUGAAAGAUCUUCAAGUCUCUCUUCUUCAGGUCCAGUUCCAGCAAAUGUAAAAGCAGAUUCUCCUGAAAAGGUGCAGAUAUCUAGUCACAUCAUAAAGAAAACCCUUGAAAAGAAAGUGAAAGAGCACCGAAAGGAGAGAAAAGAUAAAGCAAAGAAGAAGAAGGAAAAGAAACUGAAAGCAAAGAAAGAAAAAGGAGAAAAAAGGAAAAUCAAAUUAGAGAAGAAAGAAAAACUCAAAGAGAAGAUCAAAGAAAAGAAAGAAAAGAAAGAAAAACGUAAAGAAAAAGAGAUGCAACCAGAUCAUGCAAAUCCAAGUAAGGUCCCUACACCAAAACCACUCUUGAUGGCUGCUUUCUCUCAUUUCCAGAGAGAGGAAAAAUCAGAAAAACCAGAGAGUGCUGUGCCAAAAAUUACAUUUAAACUUGGGUCAGGAUCUUCGUGUCCUCCGUCACCUGAUGAAAGUCAACACAGGAAGAUUGUGAUAAAAUCUUUCACAAAGAAUCAAGAUGAUGAAGAAGAAGAAGACAGUGAGAAAGAGCAGCAGUGCUCUAGUACAGAAGAACCUGUCAAACGUGAACCUUCUCCUGAACUGGCUCGUAUCUCUGCCCUGAUCACAAGGCCGCCGAAAACCAAGCCUUCAAGUAAGCCCUCUGUUCCAAAGCCAGAAGAAACUAUGGAAUCCACUACCAUUUCCAUUUCUCCUGCAGCAAGCAGUACAUCUUCUGCUGCAUCCUCUCCUGAAAGUCCUCCAACUGUAACAUAUACCAAAUUCAAAAAGAGUCCAAAGUUUAAUCCCAAAUUCAAGGCCAAAGAUGUUACAAGGAAAAUUGGGGCUGAAGUGGAAGAGCAGAAGGAACCAGUAGCAUAUUAUUAUGAUAAUGAUGGCAACAAAGUAUGGAUAUGCCCUGCAUGUGGUGGUCAAGAUGAUGGCAGUCCAAUGAUCGGCUGUGAUGACUGUGAUGCAUGGUAUCACUGGGUAUGUGUGGGCAUUCAAGUUCCUCCAGAUGAAAAUGAAGACUGGUACUGCCGUGUAUGCAUUGUCAGGAAGCAGGAGAAUAUUGUUGACAAAAAGAAGAAAUCUAGAAAGAAAAAAGUUGUCCCAUGAAGUGAAGGUGUGAAGUUUCAGACUGUUUAUGGAUCAGAAGAGAUUGCUCAGCUGGUGAAGAUGAUUUAGAACUAGCAAGUGAACACAAAGCUCAGAAUCUGAGAAUACUCCUCUCUCCUUCCCUCCUCUCACUCUCCCUCUCCCUCUCUCUCCCAUUCCCAUUCCCUCUACCUCUCCCUAUCUAUCCGAGAUACUGAUGUAGACAUUUUUCUAAACAUUCGUGUUGCAGAAAGUUGCAUUUGUGAUUUCUAACAAACCUAUUUGGGUGUAUGUCAGAGUCAUCAUAGGUAACCAAAUAUCCAUUAAGCAUUCAGUGAAAAAAACUAUUUAUGAUACAUGGACCAGAAAUAAUAGUGAUGAUCAGUUAGUGCUUGUUCUGUACAUUUGAUACAAAUGUCAUUACAAAUAUUGUUGAUGAACUGGAUCUCAUAAGCUGGUAAAAAUGAUACUUCUUUAAACUGAAUAAUAGUUUCCCUUAAAGAUGUUGCACAGAGUAUUACAGGCAUACAAACAUUGUUAUUUUUUGUUUCCAAUUCAUUGUUCAUGCAUUCAAAUCCUGCUCUCUCUCUCAGUGCAUGUCUCAACAUUGUGUAAAGAAAUAAUGAUUAGCAUCAUAUUAUUAUUAAAAGUGUGUUGUAAUCUGUGUGUUGGACUGUUUCUCUAACAUGUUGGUACUAUCAAAGUAAUUAAAAUGGGACACUUGAACCAGAGAAAAGCAGGAACAAAACUGUAUGUGACUCUUGUUGUUAAAUUAAUGUGGUAUUGUAAGUGUUUCAUGUGUCUAGGAGAUUGCCUGAGUGAAGUGAAAGGUGACUCUUUUUCUAUGCCAAGCUAGCGUAAGAAAUAUGAAGAUACUUUGCUGUUCCUUAGAAAAUUGUUUCAGUGUCAGUAUUCCUUAAAGUUAAUGGUAACCUCAAGACAAGAUAAUUUUUAAACUUUCCAUUAGAGAGAACUGUGUGUUUUUUGCCCUUAUGAAAGUAUGUGAAUUAAUGAACUACUUCAUGUUUUUCGUGAGUAGAAUGGUGAAUAUCAUGUACAUGUAACUGUAAUUAUGAGUGUCAUAAUAAUGAAAGGUUUGUAAAUUAAUGUAUUUGCAUCUAGUUUUACUGAACUACUUCAUGUUUUUCAUGAGUAGAAUGGUGAUCAUCAUGUACAUGUAACUGUAAUUAUGAGUGUCAUAAUAAUGAAAGGUUUGUAAAUUAAUGUAUUUGCAUCUAAUUUGUUACGUCAGAAUGCAAAACAAACAAAACGUGUUAUUUUGAUUACUCCUUGUGUAAAAUAAUCAAGGAGCUAAUUGUUUAGAAUGCAUUGUGUGUUUGAAAUGGCAAUUAGAUUUUAUACUUAACCCAGUCAUAGUGUCAUUUUUAUAGUGCAAAUCAAAUGAUUUGUGUGUGUGUGUGUGUGUGUGUGUGUGUGUGUGUGUGUGUGUGUGUGUUUUUAACUUAAAUCCUGUUCAUGCAGGAUACAUUGUAGGUACACUGUAAAUAUUAUUCACUUGCGCCCCAAACCUGACAUAUUCUGUAUGAAAGUAUUGAUCUUUGUAUGAACAAUAUUAAUGAUAACUUAAGGUAAUGAGGCUAUUACUGUGAUCAACUGCAUUCAUACUAUAUUUGUGUCUAGCUAUAAACAUAAUUUUUAAAGAUUUACUAUUUUUCUUGACUGCUCUUGGUGAUACUUGUGAAGGAAGCAAGAUGCUGACUGAUAAAUGUUGAAUUUAGAAAAUAUGUAAGUAAUUGAGUAAUUGGCUGAUUUGUCGUAUCAUGAUAUGGCAGUAAAGGUUAUUUUUUCUUAGACUGCCAUGUUCUUUGGGGAAAGUGAAGUAGCAUUUUAUAUUGACGCCUGGGUGUCCUGUUAUCUGUAUACACCAGUUAUGUCAGAUUCCCGCCAUUCUUCUUUCUCAUCUUCCCCUAUGUACUUUCAAGUAAUAUCAUGUUGGUUAAUGAUCAAGUGGUGCUUACAAGAAUAGUCUUAAUAUCAAGUACACUGGCAGUUGUAAGGUUUUACAGUAACACAGAAGGAGUAAUAGACUGACAAAAGCAGAAACUCUCAAGGACAGCCUACAUUGCUGCAUAAAAUUAUAAUAUUUAGUUACCUGUGUAACUUGUAAACAAAAAUAUCAGACUUAAAAAUUUUUACAUGUAAUAUAGAACUGUCUUGUUGCUAACUCUGGAGAAAAGUGGAAAGCUGAGAGAAAGUUUAAAAGGGGUGGCAAUGUACAUGCUUCUUAUGUGUACACGUUUGCAAAUAGUGUGAAUGACAUACUGAGCCUUCAGUAAUGGUUCAAAUGGCUCUAAGCACUAUGGGACUUAACAUCUGAAGUCAUCAGUUCCCUAGAACUUAGAACUACUUAAACCUAAGUAACCUAUGGGCAUCACACACAUCCAUGCCAGAGGCAGGAUUCGAACCUGCGACCAUAGCAGCAGCGCUUAGAACCGUUGGGCCACAGUGGCCAGCACUGAGCCUUUAGCAGAGCCUCUGCACAGCUCUGAUACUCAGUUACAGCAUCCUCCCUCUCCAUACACAAGAACAUUUUUAAUAGUGGAAAUAUUGGUUUUUUGAGAACUAAAAACGCAAACACCGCCCAAAGAGGCCUUGUAGGUCCAACAGUACCAACCAGCCACCAUGUCAUCUUCAGCCCUUAAGUGUCGUCGGAUGCUGAUAUGGAGGGGCAUAUGGCCAGCACACCGUUUUCUUGGCCGUCGUCAGUUUUUGUGACUGGUGCUGCCACUUCUCAAUCAAGAAGCUCCUCAGUUGGCUUCUCAAGAUCUGAGUGCAUCCCACUUGCCAACAGUACUUGUCAGACCUGGGCGGUGCUAGCCAAGCCUGACAGAGCUUAACUUCGGUGAUCUGACAGGAACCGGUGUUAGCACUGGGGCAACACCAUUGGCUUUUUGAGAACUAAGAAGGUUACAAAUUGAGGUACAAAGAUAUAUCCAUUAUAUUUUGUUAUACACGGGUGAACAAAUUACUGUUUAGUAAAAUGAACUUGUAUAUACUCACUUAGCAAGGAAAAUAAUGUGGUAGUUUAUAUGGCGUGGAAGAACAAACCAAUAAGUAGUGCAAAGACAUUGUUGGUAUUGACAUAAGACUUACCAUUGCUCAUGAUUGCGAAGUUAGCAAAUCUUCAGUUCACAUGAUUGCGAAGUUAGCAAAUCUUCAGUUCACACACACACACACACACACACACACACACACACACACACACACACACACACACACACACACACACAUUCAUUGUACAACACAUUUUGAGAUAUUAGUCCAAGGAAGGAAUGAGGAAAAUUAGUGUUUUAACGUUCCGUUGACAACAGGGUCAGUAUGGACAGAGCACAGGCUCAGGGUAGGGAAGGCUGAGGAAGAAAAUGAUGAACAGGGAGUUGCUUUGUUCCUUUUAAAGGAAAGGCAUUUGCUGUAAUGAUUUAGGGAAAUCACGGAAAAUCUAAAUAUGGAUGGCCAUGCAGGGAAUUCAAUUCUAGCCCUUUUGAAUGCACAUCUUCGUAAGUCCAGUGUGUUAACCCUCAUGCUCACUCAGUGUGGUGGUCCAAGAACUUUACUUUUGAAAAAAAAAAUUAAGACAUUUGCUAGGUUCAGUUACAAAUGAAAAUAUAGAAGACUGUUUAUAACACUGAUUAGUCACACCGAGCGAAAUAGCACAGUGGUUAGCACACUGGACUCGCAUUCAUCCUGAUUUAGGUUUUCCAUGAGGUUUGUUCGUAAGAGCACACCACCACUUUCGUUCUCCAUCCUUCCCUGAUCCGAGCUUGUUCUCCGUCUCUAAUGACCUCAUUGUUGAUGAGACGUUAAACACUAAUUUACUCCUCCACAUUGAUUAGUCACACACCAAUACCCAUUUGAAGAAAAUAUUAAAGGUGACUUCGGCUCUCUGGGCAUGUGCUGUUACCAAGUGACUAUUGGGAUUGUGUCACAAUUUCAGCUAUGUCUUUGUUUAUAAAUAACUUUCCGCUACCAGUCAUGAUUUUCCUUUACUCAUAUUUUACAUGACACGUUUCAGGAAAUGACUCCCAUUUUCAAGAGCGUUUUCUCUUUCUACUAUUCAUUUGUUACAUAGUGGAAUAGUACAAAAAGAAAAUACAUUUGAAAAUGAGAAUCAUUUCCCAAAAUACGUUGUGUAAAAUAUGAACAAAAGAAAAUCGUGACUGGUAGCAGGAAAGUUAUUUAUAAACAAGGCCACUGUUUUCACAGUCGCAGCCUUUAAAAGCCUUUAAUAUAUAUAUAUAUAUAAUCAGCUGUUAAGUGUUUUCAUAACCAACACAGUUAGCAAGUUGAAAAGAAUUGCCCAAAAUGAUUACCUGUCCAGUGCAACUUGUAACAUCUAGUUAGCCUUUUGUGUGUCCCAAGAAUGAUAACUGCGGUUCCUUGCCAUGAUGUGGAAUGAGGCAGCAAGUUUUCCCAGUGACAAGAACAGCAAUAUGCUGACCAUUUACAUAGUUGCCUUUUACAUUAAACUUGAGCUUCACUAAUCAAAUACUCAUUGGAUAGAAACUGUUAGUGAUGGAAUGCAAGCUGUAGUCAUAGUAGUUAGUGACAAGUUUCUUGCCUGUAACAAGUAACAGAGCUACUGUGCUGUGCUGUUGGUACUACAUGCUGCUCUGCAGUGCAUAAUUAUCGUGUUAGAGUUGUAUAUUCAUAUGUCCAGUUACCAGGUGUUACUGGUUUAAGCACAGAACCUGUAUUUGUGAUGAAUGUGAUUUGAAUAUCUGUAUUGUCAUCCUGAUUUACAUUCUCCAAGGCUUUCCUAAAUCACUUCAGACAAUUGCCAGUAUGUCUCCUUUAAGAUCAUCAUGGUCAGUGAAAACUGAGUGAAAUAUCUUUUACUGAGCUACUCACAAAUACUUUGAUGCUACUCUAUAUUGCAACUUUGCAUAGAAAUAUGCCCUGAACCAACAUGAAGCAAAAGUUAGAGGUCAUAGAUUCAAAAGUUGAUCUGAACACCAGUGCUUUACUGAGCGUAAUUCUAUUUUUCUUUUCUAUCCUCUAACCUGUGACUUGACUUGCCCAGCCUACAGUUUAAUCAGCAGCGUGUGGUGUACUGAUACUUAUUGUGGUAAGUCUAGCUAUAAAAAACUCAGAGUUUUUAGUUUCUCUUACGACAAUAUUUUUAAUAGAGAAACAAUAAUGGAGGGUGUCUGCACUAGUGUAUCAUGUACAUUUGUGUUACCAAUAGGCUUUUAACCUGUGGAAUUAUCUAAGAUAAUUACAGUAGAGGUCUUAACAUCAGUAAGUAUUUGCACAUACAAAUAUGACCUCCCUCUUUCUCUUUUAUCUGCCUUCAUUACUUGCAACAAUAUUUGUGAGAUACUUUUUUCUCAUUGUACCUCCCAGGUUCAUGUGUCGAACUUAAAAAAUAUUCAGAAAUCUCUUGAAAUUAUGUUCUUAAAUACAGCUAGUAACCAGAUUUAACAAAAAACAAUAACAGCAGCAGCAGUCACAUCUUGCUUCCUUCCUUGUUUUGUCAUUCUGUUUUAUGGUUUAAUUAUAUUGUAGUCUUAAGGUAUAUCAAAUGUAAAUGUCAUAUUAUUCUUGAAUAAGAUAUUAUAUUGGGAGGAAAACAGUCACAAAGGCCAUUGUGGAUUGAUGUGCAAUAUCAAUAUUAAUUUGUUUUUAAAGAAAAGUUUGAGCAUUUCAGCACAAGGCAAACUACCCAUAUAUGAAUAAAUAUUUGCUAGCUGAUGUAAUUGUGUCUGUUUUUACUGUUUUAAAUUUUAUGUGAGCUGUCUGCAAUUGGUUGUGAAUUUUAGUCACUGUUGGAGCUCCAGGUCUCUCUUCUUUAUUGUUUAUUUCUUUCAUGUGGGGACUCGUGUGUGUGUGUGUGUGUGUGUGUGUGUGUGUGUGUGUGUGUGAGAGAGAGAGAGAGAGAGAGAGAGAGAGAGAGAGAGAGAGAGAGAGAAAGAGA